AUGUACCAUUCUCUGUGGUGGAGAGAUUUAAAAUAUCUGGAUAAGGGUGAAGGAGACUGUGCUAAAGAUUGGUUUGUCAACAAAUUGGCUAGAGAAGUGGGUAAUGGGAAGGAAACAUUACUGUGGGUUGAUCCUUGGUUGGAAGGUAAAAGUCUAAAAGGGUUGUAUCCUGACCUGUUUAGAAAAGCUGGGAAUAAGAAUGAUAAAGUGGGAGAUUUAUCUACGUCACAAAAUGGAGGGUUGUUUUGGAAUGGCAGCUGGGAGGUUAGUUUGGAUACGGAAGAGGCUAGGAAGGAAGAGGAGCUGAAAGACAAAAUCCAAUCAUUCUCAUUGAGAGACAAUGUCAGGGAUAGGUGGAAGUGGUUUAAGAAUGACUAUUCGGUUAAGGAGGCGUACUGUGCAAUUAUGAAAGAAAUCACCAAUGUUAGAAUAGAAGAUAGGGAGCUAGCGGCUGCUUGGAGUAAAUUAGUUCCACUCAAAGUUUCGACUUUGGUGUGGAGGAUUUGGCAGAAUAGGAUACCAUCGAGAGAUAAUUUAGUUAGCAUAGGCAUCUUGGUUGCAUCUCAAAAUUCAUGCCCAUACGGCUGCGGUAGUGAGGAAAAUGUCUCGCACAUUUUCUUCGAAUGUCUGUUAGCUUGGAUUGCAUGGAGCGAGGUCCUAAGAUGGCUUGACUUUAUAUCUGUUUCUCAUAAUUCAGCUGUUCAGAAUUUUGUUCAGUUUGCAGGGCUCAGCAGUGGCGGGCGAGUGAUUAUAGAGAGAUUCUGUGUUAUUUGGUUUGCGUGUAUUUGGGUCAUCUGGAAGAGGAGAAACGAGAAGAUUUUCCGAAAUUCAGAAAAUAGCAGUAGCGUUUGCCUUGAAGACAUCGAGAUGCUCUCUUGGAGAUGGUUAAGGGCGAACAUAAAAGGAUUUAGUUAUAGCUUAAAUCAGUGGAUUUCGAACCCAAAGAUUUGUCUAGGGUGGAGAGGCGGGACGAUGACGUAG